GUUCAAGGCAAAGACCCUUCUGUUGAUAUUACUCAGGACCUUGUCGAUGAAUCUGAAGAAGAACGUUUUGAUGAUAUGUCAUCACCAGGUCUAGAAUUGCCAUCUUGUGAAUUAAGUCGACUAGAAGAAAUUGCAGAACUUGUGGCAUCUUCACUGCCUUCACCAUUACGUCGUGAAAAACUCGCACUAGCACUGGAAAAUGAGGGCUAUAUUAAGAAGCUCUUAGAAAUUUUUCAUGUGUGCGAAGACUUGGAGAACAUUGAAGGACUACACCACUUAUAUGAAAUUAUCAAGGGAAUUUUCCUUUUGAACAGAACUGCACUUUUUGAAGUCAUGUUUUCUGAGGAAUGUAUAAUGGACGUAAUUGGAUGCCUAGAAUAUGAUCCGUCUUUAUCACAGUCACGGAAACACAGGGAAUUUCUGACUAAAACGGCAAAAUUUAAAGAGGUGAUUCCUAUAUCUGAUCCAGAGCUGAAGCAAAAAAUACAUCAGACAUACAGAGUACAGUAUAUUCAAGAUAUGGUCCUACCCACUCCCUCAGUUUUUGAGGAAAAUAUGCUAUCAACACUUCAUUCUUUCAUCUUUUUUAAUAAAGUGGAAAUAGUUGGUAUGUUACAGGAAGAUGAAAAAUUUCUGACAGACUUGUUUGCACAACUAACAGAUGAAGCCACAGAUGAGGAGAAAAGACAGGAAUUGGUAAAUUUUCUGAAAGAGUUUUGUGCAUUCUCUCAAACACUGCAACCUCAAAACAGAGAUGCAUUUUUCAAAACCUUGUCAAAUAUGGGCAUACUGCCAGCACUAGAAGUCAUAUUGGGUAUGGAUGAUGCACAAGUACGAAGUGCAGCCACUGAUAUAUUCUCAUAUUUGGUUGAAUAUAACCCAUCCAUGGUACGAGAGUUUGUCAUGCAGGAAGCGCAGCAGAAUGAUGAUGAUAUAUUACUCAUUAACCUCAUUAUAGAACACAUGAUUUGUGACACAGAUCCAGAACUUGGAGGGGCGGUGCUACUCAUGGGUUUGCUUCGUACUUUAGUUGAUCCAGAAAACAUGCUUGCCACUGCCAAUAAAACAGAAAAGACAGAGUUCUUGGGUUUCUUCUACAAACAUUGCAUGCAUGUUCUGACAGCCCCUUUAUUGGCCAAUACUACAGAGGACAAGCCUAGCAAAGAUGAUUUUCAGACAGCCCAACUCUUGGCAUUAAUACUGGAAUUGCUAACUUUCUGUGUAGAACAUCAUACUUAUCACAUAAAGAACUACAUCAUUAACAAAGAUAUCCUGCGAAGGGUACUCGUUCUCAUGGCCUCAAAGCAUGCUUUCUUGGCAUUGUGUGCCCUUCGUUUCAAGAGAAAGAUAAUUGGACUAAAGGAUGAAUUCUAUAACCGUUACAUAAUGAAAAGUUUUUUGUUUGAACCUGUGGUGAAAGCCUUUCUAAAUAAUGGUUCCCGUUACAAUCUGAUGAACUCUGCCAUAAUAGAGAUGUUUGAAUUUAUCAGAGUGGAAGAUAUAAAAUCACUAACGGCUCAUGUAAUUGAAAAUUACUGGAAGGCACUGGAAGAUGUAGAUUAUGUGCAGACAUUCAAAGGACUGAAACUACGAUUUGAGCAACAAAGGGAAAGACAAGAUAAUCCAAAACUUGACAGUAUGCGCUCCAUCUUGAGAAACCAUAGAUACAGAAGGGAUGCAAGAACCCUAGAGGAUGAGGAGGAAAUGUGGUUUAAUACUGAUGAAGAUGAUAUGGAAGAUGGAGAGGCAGUGGUGCCCCCUUCUGACAAAACUAAAAAUGAUGAAGAUAUUAUGGACCCUAUCAGUAAAUUCAUGGAAAGGAAAAAAUUAAAAGAGACUGAAGAAAAGGAAGUUCUUCUGAAAACUAACCUUUCAGGUCGUCAGAGCCCAAGUUUCAAGCUUUCCUUUUCCAGUGGUACAAAAUCUAACCUUACCAGCCAGUCAUCUGCAAGUAAUCUGCCUGGAUCCCCAGGGUCUCCCGGAUCCCCAGGGUCCCCUGGGUCUCCCGGAUCAGUUUCUAAAAGCACAUCUCAGAUGGCAGCUAUUACAACUAAGGGAGGCCUCGUUGGGCUUGUGGAUUAUCCUGAUGAUGAUGAAGAGGAUGAUGAAGAUGAAGAUAAAGAGGAAACUUUACCUUUGUCAAAGAAAGCAAAGCUUGAGUCAUCAUAAUGGUAACUGCUGAAGAACAUUACCAGUUGGAGGAAGGAUAUUUUUUCCAAAAACAAAACAAACCCACAGCAAAGCAGCAAUCUUUUGUGAAUAACUGUGUGUGACACAGAUCAACCUGUACAAACAGAUUUCUGCCAAUCAAGUGCCAAUUCAAAGGAGCAGAAGGAGGGGAAAUAUUUCGUUUAGCGGAAAGACUUACGCCUUUGUGCUCUCCAGCUUGGACCACAUGUUGCCCUUUUCUCAGGGAAGGAAAUGGAAAACAAAAAACAAAACAAACAAACAAAAAAAAACCCCACAAAAAAAAAAGCCAACAGGGCAGGAGUUUUGUUAGUGGAACUUGGGAUUGGCUGGUCAGUUGCUACAAUCAGAAUAUGCUUUCUUGGACCAUGUAUGAGACUUCUGAAGAAAAGGCGAUUUUUGCCGUAAUUCUUCACUAGUUAAGAAUGCCAGCAGUUUCUUUGUAUAAAAGAGACCUGCCUUUGAAAUCAUACAUUCUGAACAUUUUAGUCAAGCUACAACAGGUUUUAAAAACCUCUAUGGGGGAGGGCCGAAUAUAAAGUUUCCUCUUUUUUUUUUUUUAAUCUGUUCCCUUUGCCCUUUAAACUGCAGAAUUUUUUUUGGAGGUGGGGGAUUUGUUUGUCCCUUCUUGAUUAAAGAUUGAGUGGAAUUC